AUGACUUAUCAGCUGAGUGCUUCCUACUGUGCUCGAUACAACAUGUCCAAGCCACCGUUGCCUUACUUUCCUGGGCAAGAGUUUUGCAUCCACCCUCAUACUCCUCCUGCUCCCGCAACAGGUGAGGUCGUCCUGUCUUAUGAGGGGGCAUCGGAAAAGAGAAAGUACGCAUCCUGUGGAUCGUUGGUUGCAUACUUAAGUCAUCCUCCGUUGCCUGGAUUGACUGGAAAGUGCACUAUUCGACUAAAGGUGGUUGGACCUGUCAGAAUAGGAGAUCAACACAGUGCUCAACUUGUUACCGUCCACAUGUAUCUACUCGCUAAGCUCUAUGAUCCCCUUUCCUUUGACCAUGAGCAAGAUGAUGUGGAUCCUUUUCGCUAUACGGACCUAGCAUACUCUCAUGAAACCGCAGCCUACCGACUGCUUUGUCCACUUGAAGGAACUGUCAUUCCAAGAUAUUAUGGGUCCUUUACACUUGAACUGCCAAUUCCGAAUAAAAAGAACUUCGCGAUCUAUCCGGUUAAUCCUUAUCGAAAAAAGUACCCCGGGAUCUCAAUGCAACGUCUCAAUCCAACCAACUAUACGCGGUCAGAACGUCAGAAUAUUAUGAAGGCAAUUGUCGAUGCAGAAUCUAUGCUGUAUGCUCAUGAUAUAUUACAUAGAGAUAUACACCCGAGGAAUGUUCUUGUGCUGGAUAGUGCUCAUCGGCGUGUGGUACUCAUUGACUUUGGAUAUUGCGGGAUUGGUCGAACUCCUUCUAACAGCCCUGCCGAGUGGAAAGCCAAAUAUCUGGUGUUCCCAUAUCUCCUUUGCUGCGCUGGGAUCAGGGUUGGGGCCGUCAUGCGAAUUUUCAUGAAUGGAUUGACUGGGACUGGCAAACUUGGCUUGAGCACUAGGAUCACGGCUCUUCAUUAUAAAUCAUACCCACGUUCCAAGUGCGCGACAUCCUCCCAUCUUGACAGCCACUCUCCCUGCCCACCUGCCCAUGAAGCGGACGGAAUUCGAGCUGCCACUGGCACAGAUCUAUCUCCUCGUGAAGCUUCUGAUUUGUCCGACCUCGGACGCCCUGGAGAAGAUCAAGCAGGAGGAUCGCGCCCGUCUCUCUCGGAGGAGAAGAAGUGCCGGGCGGUCGAGGAGCAUAUUGGCUCCGCACCGGGUCCUCUGACAUGCCCUGCCACCUUGACAAUAUACCUGCGAUACGCCGAGCGACCUCAAGUUCGCUAUCCAUCCCUGCAUCAAGAUGGAUACGGGGAACUUUCACGAGUCACCCAUUUACAAGUAACAUAG